AUGGAGCUCAUCAUUAAUGGUCUUUCUGGCUUCGUUUGCGCUUUGAGCUGUUCCAAGACAUGCAGUGUUGGGGAUGUGAAAGCGGAGAUUUGGUCCCUGUUGGGCAUCUCAUGCAUCGAACAGAAGUUGGUGCAUUGUGGUGAAGAAGUAGAAGAUACGGUGGAGCUAGGUAGUUUGGAUGCGGAUGUCGAUGGGGCUGCGCCUCACUCCUUGGAGCUUUCACUCUUUCGUGUGGAUCCAAGACGUGCUCAAGCCUUGCAUGACGUUCGUAACAACGGACUGUGCCUGGAGAUGCUCUCGGAUGAUCUCCGCAAAGAUCGCGAUAUUGUUCUGGCUGCAGUGAAACACAAUGGCUUUGCACUGGUCCAUGCCCAUCCAGAUUUGCGCAAAGAUCGGGAGAUUGCCCUUGCGUCAGUCAGUGACCGCGGCUUCGUGCUGCGGUACUUGGAACCUUCCUUCAAGGCGGAUCGUGACAUAGUGUUGGCAGCUGUCAGCAAUGAUGGCUUUGCCUUGCGAAAUGCUUGUGAUUCCCUGCGGGCAGACCGAGAGGUGGCCCUGUGUGCCGUGAAAACCAAUGGCUCGGCUGUGCAAUAUGUUGGAAGCUGCCUAGCAGAGGACCGUGAAAUUGCUUUGGCUGCUGUGCACAGCAGUGGUGCAGCUUUGAGGUAUGUCUUGCCUACGUUCCGGAAAGAUCGUGAAGUCGUUCUGGCAGCUGUCCGCAGCUGUGGUCAGGCUUUGAAGUUCGUCCAAGACGAAAGAUUGAAGUGUGACCUAGAAGUGGCCUUGGCGGCUGUUGCUUCUGACUUUACCGCUUUUCAACAUUUACCUCCUGUACUCAAGAAGAAUCGGGUCGUUGCUUUGGCUGCUGUAAAGCAGAGCCCCGGCAUUUUCAAGAGCCUGCCGGAAGAAGUCAAGGCUGACAGAGAGGUCGCUUUGGCAGCUGUCAGCAACGACGGCUUCUUGUUUACACUGAUCACCCAGGAAUUGCAGCAUGAUCGUGAAAUUGUAUUGGCUGCAGUGAGCAACAGUGCAGUGUUGGCCUACACAUCAGAAGAGAUGCAGAAAGACAAAGACGUCGUUUUGGCGGCCGUCCGCCAUGAAGGCACCAUGUUGCAGUACAGCUCAGGUCACUUGAAGUCAGACUCAGAGGUUGUUCUGACUGCUGUCAACAACAAUGGCUUUGCAAUCAUUUAUGCAGAUGGCAAGCUUCGAUCCUGCCGAGAGGUGAUGCUGGAAGCUGUCCGCAAUAGCGGAUCUGUAUUGCAGUGGGCACCGCCACAAUUAAAGGAAGAUCUACAGGUGGCAUUGGCAGCAGUGGCUAGCAAUCCAGCGGCCACAAAGUUUGUCUCAGAUGAACUCAAGAAAAAGCGUUGCUUGGAUUGUGAGUUCUGA